GAGGUUGUGGAGCUGGUGGUAACGGCCCCGAUCCCUCCGCGAUGAUGGAAACACCAUUGUAUUAUGCAACUUCUGCUGCCGCCAAGAACUUGUGCUCAGGGAUGUCUGGGAAUGUGCUGCAGGAGAUAAGAAGUUGCUGCUUGGAAGGGUUUUAUCCUGUUUGAAGCAAUAAGAAAGAAGAAAAGUUUGCCUGCUGUGAAGGAUCCAGUGGGUCAGACCCAGGGAGGAUUUAGCAUGGGAAUGUGCUCCCAGUGAGGGGAUUUGGUGGAGAGAAGGGACUGAGAUGUCACAAGGAUUGUCUGAGUCCCUGGGAGCUGCAACCCGGAGGGCUGGAGGCAAGGCGGGCAAGGACAGCGGCAAGGCCAAGGCCAAGGCCGUGUCGCGCUCCCAGAGAGCCGGGCUGCAGUUCCCAGUCGGCCGCAUCCACAGGCACCUGAAGACUCGGACCACCAGCCACGGGCGUGUGGGAGCCACGGCGGCUGUGUACAGCGCAGCCAUCCUCGAGUACCUGACCGCUGAGGUAGGAGCCUCCUCCCCAGCCCCAGCCCCCCUGCCCUCGGCAUUCCCACCUCCUCCCGCUGUCCUGCAGGUGCUGGAGCUGGCCGGGAACGCUUCCAAGGAUCUCAAAGUGAAGCGGAUCACGCCCCGACACCUGCAGCUGGCGAUCCGCGGUGACGAGGAGCUGGAUUCCCUGAUCAAAGCCACCAUUGCUGGUGGAGGUGUCAUUCCCCACAUCCACAAGUCCCUGAUUGGAAAGAAGGGACAACAGAAAACGGCGUAGAGGAAGCGCAGCACCGAAUCCCCCCGUCAUCGUACUGUACCUGGGCACAGGAACAUCUCGGGGCUACCAGGAAUGUUUUUUAAGGAGUAGUUCAAAGGAAGAGCAUAGAGAGGAUUGACUGUAGAGGAAGCAUUGGGAUGGGUUUAGAUUCUGCUAGGACACACUGCGGGCUGUGGGGUGGCAGCUGGGGGGGUGGGCGAGUGGCUCAGCUGCCCCUAAGUUUUAUACAAAAAUGGAACCCAUAAACCAUUUUUUACAAAAAUCCA